UAACAAAUAAUUAAUUAGCUGAUAGUCACUUGUGAAUCGUGGUUUAGCCGGUUAAAAUAAGUUAAAUUCUACUAAUAUUUAAUUUUUAUCGAUUAUCCUAUUUGAAUUAUUUGACGUAGACAUCAAUCCAAUAAAAUGGCUAAACAUCAUCCAGACUUGAUAUUUUGUCGUAAACAACCCGGCGUUGCUAUAGGACGAUUAUGUGAAAAGUGUGAUGGUAAAUGUGUAAUAUGUGACUCAUAUGUCAGGCCAUGUACUCUGGUACGUAUAUGUGAUGAGUGCAAUUAUGGCUCGUACCAGGGCCGAUGUGUUAUAUGUGGUGGACCUGGUGUAUCGGAUGCAUAUUAUUGUAAGGAAUGUACAGUUCAAGAGAAAGAUAGAGAUGGAUGUCCAAAAAUUGUAAAUUUGGGAAGUUCAAAAACAGAUCUAUUUUACGAACGGAAAAAAUAUGGAUUCAAACGGCGUUAGAAGCACUGUAUUUUUAUUUUUAUUUUUUUUAUGUAUAUUAUUAUUUUUAAUUAGUUAUUGAAAUAAUUAAAAUAUUGAAUUCAUGUUCUUGUUUUCAAAACUAAAGCUUAAACUAUAUAUUAUUUCAAUAUCUUUCAUCAAUAUAACAUUAUGUUUUAAAUCAUAAAA